AUGUCGGGCUCGCGCUGCCAGACGUUGUACCCCUUCUCCGGGGAGCGGCACCGGCAGGGGCUGCGCUUCGCCGCCGGGGAGCUGCUCACCCUGCUGCAGGUGCCGGACGGCGGCUGGUGGGAAGGGCAGAAGGAGGACGGGCUGCGCGGCUGGUUCCCGGCGAGCUACGUGCAGCUGCUGGAGCAGAAACCCAGGAAGGUCACUCCUCAGCCAGGAGAAGAUUCUCUGAAUUGCCCUCUGCCUCCCGGCUGGCAGAGCUACAUGUCUCCCCAGGGCCACAGGUACUAUGUGAACACCUUCACCAACGAAACCACGUGGGAACGGCCGAGCAGCGUGCCUGGGACCCCCAGGAGCCCCGGGAGCCAGAAGAGUGCUGUGCCUGCAGCGAAUGGAUAUCACACCCCUGUGACGCCCAUGCAUCAAAUGGAGCCUGGUCAUAUGAGCCUCCGGAAACCCAGCGGGGACCCCCAGAGUCCGGGGUCCCCGCGUGUGCCCAGGAGGCUGGCCAGGGAGAGCUCGCGGACGAUAAACUGUGUGACUUUUCCCCACCCAGACACAAUGCAAGAACAGCAGUUGCUGAAACCCACUGAAUGGAGCUACUGUGAUUAUUUCUGGGCUGAUAAGAAGGAUCCGCAAGGGAACAACACAGUAUCAGGGUUUGAAAUUCUGCUCCAAAAGCAACUCAAGGGGAAACAAAUGCAAAAAGAAAUGGCAGAGUUUGUUCGAGAAAGGAUAAAGAUUGAGGAAGAAUAUGCCAAGAACUUGUCCAAACUGUCUCAGAACUCACUGGCUGCUCAAGAAGAAGGCACCUUAGGCGAGGCCUGGGCCCAGCUGAAGAAAAGUCUGGCGGAUGAGGCAGAGGUUCAUCUCAAAUUUUCCUCUAAGCUCCAGAGUGAGGUGGAGAAACCACUGCUCAACUUCAGAGAGAACUUUAAGAAAGACAUGAAGAAAUAUGACCAUCACAUCGCGGAUUUACGGAAGCAGCUGGCUAGUCGCUACACAGCAGUAGAAAAGGCCCGGAAAGCCCUGACAGAGAGGCAGAAGGAUCUGGAAAUGAAAACCCAGCAGUUGGAGAUAAAGCUCACCAACAAGACAGAAGAGGAGAUCAAGAAAGCGAGGCGGAAGUCCACUCAGGCUGGAGAUGACCUGAUGCGUUGUGUGGAUCUUUAUAAUCAAGCCCAAUCCAAGUGGUUUGAAGAAAUGGUGACCAGCACUCUGGAGCUGGAAAGGCUGGAGGUGGAGCGGGUGGAAAUGAUUCGGCAGCACCUUUGCCAGUACACACAGCUGCGGCACGAGACAGACAUGUUCAACCAAAGCACAAUAGAGCCUGUCGAUCAGUUACUUCAAAAAGUGGAGCCUGCCAAAGACAGGGAACUGUGGGUACAAGAACACAAAACUGGAGAUAUCAGACCUGUGGACAUGGAAAUAUAG